UGACCCGAGCGGAGAAGCCGGGGCGUGGCUCGAACGCGGAUAUUCCGUGCGUGCGCUCAGAUCGCUCGGUGCCACCGCGGCCGAGAGGCGACUGGAGUAUGUCAGCCCCGUUUGAGGAGCGCAGUGGGGUGGUUCCGUGCGCAACACCGUGGGGCCAGUGGUACCAGACCUUGGAGGAGGUGUUCAUUGAAGUUCAGGUGCCGCCAGGCACUCGCGCCCAGGAUAUUCAGUGCGGCCUGCAGAGCCGGCAUGUGGCGCUGGCCGUGGGGGGCCGCGAGAUACUCAAGGGCAAACUCUUUGAUUCUACAAUAGCUGAUGAGGGAACAUGGACUCUGGAGGAUCGAAAAAUGGUCCGUAUUGUUCUUACAAAGACAAAGAGAGAUGCGGCAAAUUGUUGGACUUCUCUUCUAGAAUCUGGAUAUGCAGCUGAUCCUUGGGUGCAAGACCAAAUGCAAAGAAAACUUACAUUAGAGAGAUUCCAGAAAGAAAAUCCUGGUUUUGACUUCAGUGGAGCAGAAAUCUCAGGAAACUACAGUAAAGGUGGACCAGAUUUCUCAAAUCUUGAGAAAUAACUGCCAUCUUCUUGCUGCAUUUUGUGGAUCCUAGCAGAUUUGCCAGCUUAAUAAAACGAACAGAUGAUGUGGUGGAAGAAAAAUGGGAAUGUCUGCAGUUAACAAAUUGCAAAAUAUAUUUAAAUAUGGUUCUAAAAAUUGCAUUCAAAUGUGAGUUACAUAGGAAACAUCUUAAAUACUGUAGGAACUAUUCUGUUGAUAUACGGUAACUUUUUUUUUGGACUUGUUUUUGCUCAGCAUGAAGUUUUAUAUGCUGCAUUUUACUAAUUUCAUAUUUAACCUGUAUUUUUAAUACAAAAAUCUUUAGGGUAUAGAUCAUGUGAAAUGACAGGGUACCAUCAGGGAAAAUUAAGUUUUUCUUUCAGUAAGUGUGAUGCAGGAAUAAUGUUCAAUAAACUUUUCUAAAUAGGAAUUGUGUACCCCUUUGUCUAAGUGUACCAGUUCAUACAAGGAAAAUGUAUUACUGGAAAAAAAUUUUCAGAAAAGAGAAAACAAUCCACAGAUAUAUUCUAAGUUAAUUUUAAGAGUUACUGAAAAUUUCUGAAUUCCUUGAGAGAUGCCUUUAAGUCAAGAAAUUGAAAAAUAGUUUAAAACCUAUCAGUAAGAAUAGAUUAGUGCAAAAGAGAAUUGGUGAAGUGAAUAUGGUUAUUGGGUGAAUCCUUUGUUAGUGACAAAUACAAAUUAUAGUCAAUGGUUAUAAGUCAGUGACAUCAUUUUGAUCUCCAGUGAUCCAGACAUAUAGGUAAGAAUUGUCUUGAAGUUUUACUUCAUCCUUUUUAUGUCCUUUCUAAUUUUAAAUAUUUUAAAGAGUCUUAAAUGUAUUGAAAAGUUACAAGUAAAGAACACAGAAUUGUUUUCUCCCUGACUCUUCAGGUUUGUGUGUAAGUUGAUAACUUGAUUCCCCAUCACCUCUGAGUACCUAAGUGUGUAUUUCCUUCGAAGGACAUGCUGCUACAUAGCUACAAUACAAUCAUUAAAAUCAGGGAAGUAGCAUUGACACAUUAUGACCACCUAAUCCUUGGACCUUCAUUCCAUUCAAGUUUACUUAUUAUCCCAGUAAUGUUCUUUAUAGCAAAAGGGUCCAGUCACAAUCAUGCCUUGCCUUUAUUUUAUUUUUUUUGCCGUGCCACAUGGCUUGUGGGAUCUUAGUUCCCUGAUCAGGGAUUGAACUUGGGCCGCCGUCAGUGAAAAUGUGCUAGGUCCUAACCACUGGACUGCUAGGGAAUUCCCCAUGCCUUGCCUUUAAUAUCAGGGUCUUUAGUCUGCUUCAAACUGGAACAAGUCUUCAUUUUAACCUUGACUUUUACAGCCUUGGCUCUUUUGAAGAUUACAGGCUAGUUUUGUACACCUCUGUCAUUGUGAAUCUUGUUUGAUAUUUCUUCAUGAUUAGAAUCAGGUUAUGAAUCUUUGACAGGACUGUUGCAGGAGUGUUGCUGUGUUCUUUCUGUAUCCUAAGUUAUUGGUUUCAAUUUGUCCUUUUUCUGAUAGUGUUUACUGUUGGCCUGCCAUAUGUGUGGGUUUCAAAUUCUCAGAUUCAACCAACCAAGGAUAGAAAAUAGUAAAAAAAAAAAAAAAAGUCCAGAAA